UGGAAUCGAAGCCGUCGGAGCCGAUUCAAACCGCAGGAAAAGGGGGAAAGAGCCGAAGGCAGGAGUUUCGCACCCGGGAGCUUCGUGUCUGGGGCCGCUCGCCGAGCCCCGAGCGCCUCGUCUAGAGAGUCUUUCACCCCCCACCGGGGCCGCUCGUUAUGUCAGCAGUCUACAUUUUGCGGAUUCAUCCUUAAUAGUCUGUAAAUCUUUUAAACUUAAGUUCUUUCACCUGUAACAUCGCUGAGUACCGCAACUCCAGUUUUUUUUCGGUAUUUCUUGAUGGCGGGGGUAACGCUACAGAGCGCCGCCCUGCAGGGCUUAGCGGAAGGCGACAUCCUGGACCCUACCUUCCAGCGGCUCCUGGAGGAUGCCCGCACGCAGCUCCGCCAGGAGAUCCAGCGGGAGCUGAAGAUAAAGGAGGCGGCGGAGCGACUGCGGCGGGCUGUGACGGGCAGGAAGAACGCCGCGGACGUGGAGGGCCAGCUCAGGGCUUCUGGCCGCAAGCUGGAGUACCUCCACCAGCAGCUGCAGGAGCUGGAUGCCCGGGCUGUGGUCUCCCAGCCCGACGCUGGGGCAGACAGGCCGAUGUCCCCAAAUUCCUGCCUGUGGGAGGGGAGCUCCUCCCCGCUCGCCAGCCGAGUCCACGCCCUGAAGAAGCAGCUGGCCGUCGAGCUCAAAGUCAGGCAGGGGGCCGAGAAUAUCAUCCAGACGUACACCAGCCGCUCCGUCAAGGACCGGAAGAUGCUGUCGACGGCCCAGCAGAUGCUGCAGGACAGCCGAACGAAGAUUGAACUGAUCCGCAUGCAGAUCCUGAAGGUGACGCAGGCAGGGGAGCAGGGGCUGAAGGCCAGCGACCCAGGAGGAGGCCCCCUGCACCCAGGCAGUCCCCCGGAGUUGCGGAUCGCCGAGUUGAGGCACCACCUCCGCAUCGAGGCUGCUGUGGCCGAGGGCGCCAAGAAUGUGGUGAAGCAGCUGGGGGGGCGUCGCCUGCAGGACCGCAGGGUGCUGGCGGAGGCCCAGGCCCGGCUGCACGAGUCCUCCCAGAAGCUAGACCUGCUGCGCACCUCCCUGGAGCAGCGCUUGAGCGAGCUUCCCCCGGAGCACCCCCAGCGCUCCGCUAUCAAGGAGGAGCUCUCCAUGGGCCCCUCUCCGUCUGUGGCAUUUCAGCGGGGCCGCGUUUCCUCCUCCUCUUCCUCCUUCCUCAAGCCCGCCUCCCUCACUGGCAGGCUUGAAGUGCGCCUCCUGGGGUGUCAGGACCUGCUGGAGAACGUGCCGGGCCGUAACCGAGUGAGCAGUGUGUCCACGGCGCCGGGAAGCCCCUCCGACAGCAAGUCCCUGAAGGUGCUAACGGGCCUGUCGGGCCGCAGCAUCAACAGCAAGGUCAGCAAGAUGGACGAGCUCUCCACGGAGAUCAGCGCCGUGCUCAAACUGGACAACAAGAUGGUGGGCCGCACCAGCUGGAGACCCCUGAGCAACCUGUCCUGGAACCAGAGCUUCAGCAUCGAACUGGACCGGUCCCGGGAGCUGGAGAUCAGCGUGUACUGGAAGGACUGGAGGGAGCUGUGUGCCGUCAAGUUCCUGCGUCUGGAGGACUUCCUGGACAAUCAGCGGCAUGGGAUGUGCGUAAGCAUGGAGCCCCAGGGCGUCCUCUUCACGGAGGUGACCUUUGUGAACCCCGUGAUCGAGAGGCAGUCGAAGCUGCAGAGGCAGAAACGCAUCUUUCCCAAGGAGAAAGGGAAGGACUUCUUGCGUGCUGCACAGAUGAACAUCAACUUCGCCACAUGGGGGCGUCUGAUGAUGAGUAUGCUGCCACCUUGCAGUUCCAUGGCAACGCUGAGCCCCCCGCUGUCGGGCUCCUCUGACCCCGAGGUCACGCCGCCCCCCCCAGUGGAGAAGCCUGCUCUGUCGAGCCCCCCAUCUCCGGGGGAACUUCCGGUGAGGAAACUGAACUUCAACGAGGACCGACCACCCAAGCCCCCGCGCCUCCACAUGGGGAGUACCCCUUUGUCACCUUCAGCAACGACACCUACAAAAUCCAAGGCUUCAGGGCCAAACCACACGGAGGAGCGAGAGGAGGGAGAUGGACCCACACCACGCACGGCCAGAAAGAGGGAGGGCUUGCAAAUGGAGGAUUUCAGGUGUAUCUCUGUCCUGGGAAGGGGACACUUCGGAAAGGUCCUGCUGGCAGAGUAUAAGGAGAACAGAAAGCUGUAUGCCAUUAAAGCACUGAAGAAAGGCGAUAUUGUGACCCGUGACGAGGUGGACAGUCUGAUGUGCGAGAAGCGGAUCUUCGAGACCAUCAACGCCUCGCGACACCCCUUCCUGGUGAACCUGUACGGCUGCUUCCAGACGACAGAGCAUGUGUGCUUCGUAAUGGAAUACUCCCCCGGCGGAGACCUCAUGAUCCACAUCCACAACAACAUCUUCACGGAGCCGCAGGCCCGGUUUUAUACAGCUUGUGUGUUACUGGGGCUCGAGUUCCUGCACCAAAACAAAAUAGUUUAUCGGGACCUGAAGUUGGACAACUUGCUGAUGGACGCAGAUGGCUUUGUGAGAAUCGCUGACUUUGGGCUCUGCAAGGAAGGGAUGGACCAUGGAGACCGCACUUCCACCUUCUGCGGCACCCCAGAGUUCCUGGCCCCAGAGGUCCUGACGGAGGACAACUACACCCGUGCCGUGGACUGGUGGGGCAUGGGGGUCCUCCUCUUCGAGAUGCUGGUGGGCGAGUCCCCGUUUCCUGGUGAGGAUGAGGAGGAGGUGUUUGACAGUAUCGUGAAUGAGAAAGUGCGAUAUCCCAGGUUCCUCUCCCCGGAGUCUGUCUCCAUCAUGCAGAAGUUGCUGGAGAAGAACGCAGAGAAGAGGCUGGGGGCUGGGGAGCAGGAUGCGGCGGAGGUGAAGAGGCAGCCCUUCUUCCAGACCAUUAACUGGGCAGCCCUCCUGGCCAAGAAGGUGAAGCCACCGUUCUUGCCGUCCAUCAAGGGGGCCACGGACGUGAGCAACUUCGACGAGGAGUUCACCAGCCUCCAGCCCGUGCUGACGCCCCCGCGGACCCCCUGCACCCUCACGGCCGAGCAGCAGGGGGUCUUCACCGACUUUGACUUCUCAGCGCUGAACUGAGCGCAGACUCCGGGCCUGACCCGGCCGCACCCCCCAGCUGCUAAGAGCUGACCCGUCCCGUGUGUGUACGCAUACCUACAGGAAUCCCUCAACACGCCGAGUUAAGUUCUUCCAUACCUCCUGUGCUGUCAGCAUGGGCAGGAGAAGAUGAGGUAUCCGCAGAAAUGGAGGCUUUGGUCUCUGUCCUGUCACUAGAACCUUGGGCAUCGCUGUGAGUUUCUUCACCUUCUUGCCCUGGGCAUGGUGGGAUGUGUUUGAACAUUUGUGCCAAGAACAAAAUGUUUUUCUACACUUUAUUUUUAAUAUUGUAUAUUUCAUUCUCCCAUGAAUCUCCCGGAUCAUUUUAAGAUCGCUCUAUGGAAUACACUUUCUGUUCACGUAACCAUAGGUUUGCUUGUUCACCCUGUAUGGCUUUACCUGGGUUGGUUCCCUUCAUGACCCCGAAUGAAGUCCCAUCACCGCAUGGGAGUCAGAGAGCAGAGCGGAGUCACUCGCCUUCACACAGAAAGCCGACACAAACAGGCCUCACCCCUGUAUUCUCCCCCAAAGAUGCUCCCUGCAGUUUUGUUAAUUAUUUUCAUGUUGUAUUGGUCUUCCUCCUACUGUAGCUUUUAUCCUGACAGCUUCGUAGCCAACAAAGGAAUCAGAUCUGACAGACCGUAAGACCUACAGAGGGGACUGGCCACUGCAGAAUACUAAUUAGCCUCAGUUUAUACCUUGAUAUGUAUGUACUGUAUCUGUGUGUAUAUAUUAUAUAUAUAAGAAGUCUAUAUUAUAUUUCAGUCAAACGUUAGUUAAGGGUGGGUGUCCGAUUGAAUUCAGAAGUGCCUCUAUCACACUGCUAAGUCGUACCCAUGGACGGGACAGCAUGCAGAUGUGGGAUCCUAUGGGACGACGGAGACGGCCAUGAGCCUCGCCUUCCAGCGGCUCUCGCACAACGGCGCCGCCAACCCAUGAAGGGGAGGAUGGAUGAAGCGCUGCCUGUUCUCCCGAGCGUCCCGCCAUGACGGCCGUCACCCUCAUCACGCUGGAAAACCCAAACCGCCGUACGGAAGCACAGCUGGUCCGGAUGAUUCACUUUUGCACACCUUGGACAUCACGCUAACGGCCGCUGACUGUGUAAUGAAUGUACCUGGUUACCCACUAUAACGAUUUAUAGGGUUAGGGAAGGACAGAGACUUUCGAAAGCUGAUCACGAUGAUGAAUGAUCCACAGCUCAGGCCUGCAUCCUGUGUCCAUUGAUAAAGCUUCUCACUGUGGGAGUGGCAAAUCUGCUCAGAUUAAAAAUGCUGGUAAACACAA